AGGAGCAGGAAGCGGCGGCUCCGAGGCCCACCCAGGCUUCAGCCCCAGCGGGGAAUGCGCGGCGCGGGGAAGGGAAGAGAAGCGCAGGGCGGCCGCGCCGACCCCAUGGCCGCCGACCCCACGGAACAGCGGCUGGGCAGCCUCCCCGUCUUCACGCGCGAUGACUUCGAGGGCGACUGGCUCCAAGUGGCCAGCGGCGGCUUCAGCCAGGUGUUCCAGGCGCGGCACAGGCGCUGGCGGACGGAGUACGCCAUCAAGUGCGCCCCCUGCCUCCCGCCCGGCGCCACCAGCUCCGAUGUGAAUUACCUCAUUGAAGAAGCUGCCAAAAUGGAAAAGAUAAAGUUUCAGCACAUUGUGUCCAUCUACGGGGUGUGCAGGCAGCCCCUGGGCAUUGUGAUGGAGUUCCUGGCCAACGGCUCCUUGGAGAAGAUACUGCCCACCCACAGCCUCUGCUGGCAGCUCAGGUUCCGCAUCAUCCAUGAGACCAGCUUGGCCAUGAACUUUCUGCACAGCAUUAAGCCGCCUCUGCUCCACCUGGACCUCAAGCCGGGAAAUAUCCUCCUGGACAGCAACAUGCAUGUCAAAAUUUCAGACUUUGGCCUUUCUAAGUGGAUGGAACCGUCCACCCAGAUGCAGUACAUUGAGAGAUCAGCUCUGCGGGGCACGCUCAGCUACAUUCCCCCUGAGAUGUUCCUGGAGAGUAACAAGGCCCCAGGGCCCAAAUAUGAUGUGUACAGCUUUGCAGUUGUCAUCUGGGAGCUCCUCACUCAGAAGAAACCAUACUCAGGUUUCAACAUGAUGAUGAUUAUUAUCCGAGUGGCGGCAGGCAUGCGGCCCUCCCUGCAGCCUGUCUCUGACCAGUGGCCAAGCGAGGCCCAGCAGAUGGUGGACCUGAUGAAACGCUGCUGGGACCAGGACCCUAAGAAGAGGCCAUGCUUUCUAGACAUUACCAUCGAGACAGACAUACUGCUGUCACUGCUGCAGAGCCCUGUGGCAGACCCACAGAGCGAGGCCCUGACCAGGAAGGUGUCUUGCAAGCUGUUGCUGCACCAGCCCCUGGAGGUUAAUGAAGACAUCAACCAGGAACUGAUGGACAGCGACUCAGGAAACUACCUGAAGAGGGCCCUUCAGCUCUCCGACCGUGAGAAUUUGGUCCCAAGCGAUGAGGAGCUGCGCACCUAUGAGAACAAGGUCACCCCCCUCCACUUCCUGGUGGCCCAGGGCAGUGUGGAGCAGGUGAGGCUGCUGCUGGCCCACGAGGUAGACGUGGACUGCCAGACGGCCUCUGGAUACACGCCCCUCCUCAUCGCCGCCCAGGACCAGCAACCCGACCUCUGUGCCCUCCUUUUGGCACAUGGUGCCAAUGCCAACCUGGUGGACGAGGAUGGCUGGGCCCCCCUGCACUUUGCAGCCCAGAAUGGGGAUGACCGCACUGCGCGCCUGCUCCUGGACCAUGGGGCCUAUGUGGAUGCCCAGGAACACAAGGGGUGGACCCCCCUUCACCUGGCUGCACAGAACAACUUUGAGAAUGUGGCACAGCUUCUGAUCUCCCGUCAGGCUGACCCCAACCUGCAUGAGGCUGAGGGCAAGACCCCGCUCCACGUGGCUGCCUACUUUGGCCAUGUUAGCCUGGUCAAACUGCUGACCAGCCAGGGGGCGGAGUUGGACGCUCGGCAGAGAAACCUUAGAACACCACUGCACCUGGCAGUGGAGCGGGGAAAGGUGAGGGCCAUCCAACACCUGUUGAAGAGUGGAGCAGCCCCCAAUGCCCUUGACCACAGUGGCUACAGCCCACUGCACACUGCAGCUGCCAGGGGCAAAUACCUGAUCUGCAAGAUGCUGCUGAGAUACGGAGCCAGUCUCGAGCUGCCCACCCACCAGGGCUGGACACCCCUGCAUCUAGCAGCCUACAAGGGCCACCUGGAGAUCAUCCACCUGCUGGCUGAGAGCCACGCAAACAUGGGUGCCCUUGGAGCUAUGAACUGGUCUCCCCUGCACCUAGCUGCACGCCACGGGGAGGAGGCGGUGCUGUCGGCAUUGCUGCAGUGUGGGGCUGACCCCAAUGCUGCAGAGCAGUCAGGCUGGACACCCCUCCACCUGGCAGUCCACAGGGGCACCUUUAUGAGUGUCAUCAACCUUUUGGAACAUCACGCAAACGUCCGCGCCCGCAACAAGGUGGGCUGGACCCCUGCCCACCUGGCUGCCCUCAAGGGCAACACAGCCAUCCUCAAAGUGCUGGUCAAGGCAGGUGCCCAGCUGGACGUCCAGAAUGGAGUGGGUUGCACGCCCCUCCAGCUGGCCCUCUGCAGCCAGAAGCAGGGCAUCAUGACCUUCCUCGAGGGCAAGGAGCCAUCAGUGGCCACUCUGGGUGGUUCUGAGCUGGGAGCCCAAAUAUAAAUUUAGAUGACUUGGCCAGGCAUGGUGGCUCACGCCUGUAAUCCCAGCACUUUGGGUGGCUGAGGCAGCAGAUCAUCUGAAGUUGAGAGUUCGAGACUGGACUGGCCAACAUGGAGAAACCCUGUCUCUACUAAAAAUACAAAAAUUAGCUGGGU